AUGGUUGAAAAUAUAUAUAUGGUACAAGAACUAGUUAGAGGCUAUGCAAGAAGGAGAAUAUCCCCUAGAUGUUUGUUGAAAAUUGAUCUCAAAAAGGCUUAUGAUUCAGUUGCUUGGCCUUUCCUCAAGGAGAUGCUUAUUCACUUAAGAUUCCCAGCUGAGAUGAUUUCAUGGAUUAUGGAAUAUGUCACUACUACCUCUUAUUCCAUUUCCCUUAAUGGUAGAUUUUUUGGCUUCUUUAAAGGUAGUAAAGGUCUGAGACAGGGUGACCCCCUCUCCCCCUUGCUCUUUGUGAUGUGUGUUGAAUAUCUUUCAAGACUGCUGAAAUCUGUGGAGAGUAAGUCUGAUUUUAAAUUCCAUCCCAAGUGUGAAGCUCUUAGGCUUUCUCAUUUGGUGUUUGCAGAUGACUUAAUGAUGUUCUCAAGGGGUGACUUACCUUCUGUAAGGUACUUAAUGAACUGCUUAAACGAAUUUUUGAAUUGCUCUGGCCUGCCAGUAAAUCUGCUGAAAUCAGAGUUGUAUCAUGCUGGUAUUAAGCAAGAAGAGCUGGGAAAUAUAUCUAAUUUAUCUGGUAUGAAGCUGGGUGCCUUUCCCUUCAGGAGGAAACCUUUGGUGGCUUGGAGAGAGAUAUGUCUCCCUAAAACUGAGGGGGGCCUGGGUGUGUUUGAUCUCAAUAUAUGGAAUAUUGCUUUGCUGUCUAAAGCACUUUGGAAUAUCCACUCCAAGAAGGACUCGGUUUGGACAAAGUGGAUCCAUCAUAUGUAUUUAACUGAUUCAAGCAUCUGGAGCAUCUCUGCAGCGAAGAAUGACUCCCCUUUAUUCAAGAAACUGUUAACUAUUAGAGAUCAGCUGGUGGUGAACUGUGGUGGUAUUGAUGCUGCUGUUGAUAUGCUGAGUAAGUGGGAGAACAGAGCCAAACUUAGCUAUGAAUUCUGGAGAGCUAAAGGGCAUAAAGUGCCCUGGACUAGGGAGGUUUGGUACUGGGGCGUUCUCCCUAAACACUCAAUUUGCCUUUGGCUGGGUUUGAAAGUAAAGCUCCUUACCUGUGACAAGCUGACAAAUGAAGGAAUUGAUCGGUUAUGCACCUUCUGCAACAUUGAUCCUGAAUCCUUGGAUCACUUAUUUUUCAAAUGCAAAUUCACUACUGAAGUCUGGAAUGGUAUUAGAAGCUAG